UUUAAGAUUCAAGGAAACGUGAUUAAUAUUCUGACAUUUAUCUUCUUAUGAAACAUUUGUUAAUAACUGUAAAGAAGUAAAUAUUACAAAAUAGACGAUCAUUAUGUCUGAACAGUUCGACGAGGGUCAAUUUAGCGAUGCUGAUGAAACUGAAAUAUCAUUAGGGACGUACAAAGGACAACCAUUGUUUCAUUCUCAUCUUUCUAAAAAUAUGGAUAAGUUAAAUAUCUUUAAUAGUGAAGAGGAAGAACAGGAUGACGAUGACGAUGAUAAUGAUUUAAACGACGGUUGUUUCAUAUGGGAUAUAGAUAAGAACAGAGCUAGAACAAAAGAUCUUAUCGUAAAAAAUAUUCAAGCUAAAAGUGUUAACGCUCAAAACAUUUCCAAAAAGGUUACCAAUUAUCAGCCAUCGGAUAAAUUGUUUCGUCGUUAUGCGAAUAAAAUCAAUAUCGAAAAGUACGAAGGACCGUCUUUACCAGGACACGCGGCAAAUCUUCUUAUCGAAAAUGACAAACGCAUAGAAAAGGAUAGGUUUAGAACCAAAGACAAACACGAUCGCGCGACCGUUGAACAAGUUUUAGAUCCACGUACAAGAAUGAUAUUAUUUAAACUUUUAAAUCAAGGUAUAAUUGCAGAAAUCAAUGGGUGUAUAUCGACAGGGAAAGAAGCCAACGUUUAUCACGCGACGUCGAAAACAGGAGUAGAGUUUGCGAUAAAAAUAUAUAAAACGUCAAUUUUACAAUUUAAGGACAGAGAUAAAUAUGUCACCGGUGAAUUUCGUUUUCGUCAUGGAUAUUGCCGUCAUAAUCCACGUAAAAUGGUACGAACAUGGGCUGAAAAAGAAUUUCGAAAUUUAAUACGUCUUCAGCAAGGAAAAGUAACUGCGCCGAAACCAAUUUUAUUACGAAGUCAUGUACUACUAAUGGAUUUCAUAGGUACUGACGGUUGGCCAUCGCCUAAACUGAAAGAUGUUGUUCUUACGUCAUCUAAACCAAGGAAACUGUACAGAGAAUGUAUAGAAACAAUGUGGAAAAUGUAUAAUAAGUGCAAACUUGUUCACGCAGAUUUAAGCGAAUAUAAUAUGCUGUAUCAUGAUGGGUCAAUUGUAAUAAUUGAUGUAUCACAGGCAGUUGAACACGAUCAUCCUAUGGCACUUGAAUUUCUUAGAAAAGAUUGUACAAAUAUUACUGAAUUUUUCAAGAAGAACGAAGUAGGCGUGAUGACCGUCAAAGCAUUGUUUGACUUUAUAACAGAUCCAACGAUAACCGAAGAGAAUAUGGAUGACUAUUUAGAUAAAAUUUCAGAACAAAUGGCACAACAUAACGAACAAGAAGUAGAUCCCAAACAGCAAUUAGAAGAACAAGUAUUUAAGCAAGCUUACAUCCCUCAAAACCUAACUCAGGUCAUUGAUAUCGAACGGGAUAUAAAGCUUGCUAAAUCGGGAAAAGAAGAUUUAAUAUACAAGACCCUCGUUGGCUUAAAAGCAGACUUAUCCAAGCCCAUUGAUACUCCCGAAAUUCUCGCGUCAAAUUCCAAGAAAAUCAGCGAUACGGAGGAAAAGGAUGAUUCUUCCGAAGAAAUUGAUAAUUCUGAAGAGGAUGAAGAUAGCGACGAGGAAGGUGUUUCGGAUGGCGAGAAAAAAUUUGUGAAUUCGGCUCGGCCUCGAAACGAAAGUUUAGAAAGUAAAAAGGCGCGAAAGAAGGCAGUGAAAGAACAGCAGGCUGAAAAAAGGAAGACUAAAAUGAAGAAACAUAUAAAAAAGCGGAAAGAGAAGGUUCUAAAGAAAAAAUAAUAGCUGAAAUAUUUUUGUCAGGGAGAUAUUCCCAAAGGAAUAUGAAGAAGUUGUACAAAAGAAAUAAUGUUUCAUUUUUUUUGUUUCAUUUUUCCAACAUAGGAAA